CGCACCAUUUCUCGAGAAGCUUGCUCAGUUGGAGUCCGAUGAAGGAAUGGAAAUUGUCCUUAAUGAUGGUACAAAUAUUAUUAAACGGGGAAGCCUUGCACAGGUUGUGGCUGAUAACCUAGGUGCCAACAGUAUUGGCGGGUUUGUAGAAAGCUUUGUUGCCAACUAUCUCUGCAACACCUGUUUAACUUCUCGGACAGACUUCCAGAGAUGCAAUGUAGCUGAUAAUUGUCAGAUGCGAAACAGAGAAAACUAUGAGGAACAUUUACAGCUGUUAACAGAAGACCCACAAUCCGUACCACUGCACGGAAUAAAAUGUGCUUGCCCGUUAAACCAGUCUCGCUACUUUAACAUUACAACUAAGCACUCCCCAGAUAUAAUGCAUGACAUUCUAGAAGGAUUAGGUAAAAUGGAAUGUAAGUUGGUAUUGUCUCAGCUGAUAUUUCAGGAUAAAUUGUUUUCAAUUGAUAUACUGAAUGCCAGAAUAACCAAUUUCGAUUAUGGAUUUGAAGAUGUGAAAAACAAGCCAUCCACUAUCAAUUGUGGCACCUUGCACAUCACAGACAGUAAUCUAAAGAACAGUGCAUCUCAGAUGUGGUGCCUGCUCCGUUUCUUGCCGUUGCUUAUCGGAGAUAAAGUACCACGAAACCAUGCACAUUGGCAGUUACUUUUAAAACUCCGUCAAAUCAUGGAUAUUGUUUUUGCAAGGGAAAUAACAGAGGGCAUGUGCCAUUAUUUAAAAUAUUUAAUUAAAGAUUACCACUUCUUAUUUCAAAAUUUGUUUCUAGAUAUCAAUUUAAUCCCUAAACAUCAUUUUAUAAUUCAUUAUCCGAAUGCCUUAAUGGAAGUUGGACCAAUUAUUAAUUGUUGGAGCAUGCGCUUUGAGGCGAAGCAUUAUUUUGGGAAAUUAAUUGCUGGAGUUGUGUGUAAUUUUAAAGACAUCUGUUAUACUAUUGCAGAGCGUCACCAAAUUCAACAAUGUCAUGAAUGGCAUUCAACAAAAAUGCAAGAGUACUUUGCAAAGAAAUUUUCUGCUGUCAAAGUAUUUGAAACAGAAUGCAAGGAUUUAAUCCUUGAAAAAUUCCCUGGUCUUUUUGAACAAGGUGAAAUAUAUUUUACAGCAAAAGCUAGUAUUUAUGGUACUGAAUACAGAGCAGGGAUGAUUGUUGUUACGGACAUGUUUAACAACCUCCCUUUGUUUGGGGAAAUACAAUCUAUAUUUAUUUUUGGAGAUACUCCAUACAUUUUUGGUGAAAUGUUGGAUACACAUCAUUUUGAUGAACAUUAUCACUCUUAUGUAUGUGCAAAACCACAAAGAGCAAUACUUUUCUUUGUAAAACAGAUUAACCUAAAGGACUUUCACCCUCUUUAUGUCUGUAGUAGUUAUGAGGAAUCUCAAGAUCGAACUAAGUACACACUUAAGAAUGCCAUCAACUAAAAGUAAUGAGACACUAUUUUCCUUGAUGUUGGAUUGGAUUGGAUUUAUUCGGUGCAAACACCAAGGAUAACCCACGAAAGUCUAGAAGAAGACUUAUUUCCAGUGGGGUCCUUCUGGUGGUGAUUGGGCAGUACACCGGGAGACAAUCCCCUACGCUUUUCCAAAGACUGUACUGUGUUCUUUAACGUGCACAUGGGCCAUGAUGCACACGGGACUAACGGCUUAAUCGUCUCAUCCGAAAGACGGUGCGCUAUAUUGUAACUUGUAUUUCAGCCCUCCAGCUGAAACACAAGGAGAGGCAGCGAUGGAAAUUGAACCGGGGACCUAGAGAUCUCCACGGUUCAGCGCACACACAGUGGCCACCACCAGAUUAGCCGACUGAGCUAAACUGCUCUUCAAUUGUUAAUUGAAAAAAUUGUUAAUUGAAAUUUUAACCAUAAAGUUAAUAUUUGUUACUGCUAUAGGUGAAGAGCGAUGGAAGAAAAACGAUUUUGUGUGUCAUUUGGAAAAACCACUAAAUUGAUUAAAGUUCAGACGGUAACAUAUGAUGAGAUUAAGAUGAAGGUUAAGAAAAAAUUGAGAUUGGAGGAACCGUUUCAAAUAUCUGUCAAACUAGAUUAAUUUGACCUGUAUGUUGACGUUGAUGAAACAGAUGAUGCUGAGCUUUUUGAGCAGUCGAAGCACAUUCUGGUUUAAGUGUCAUCAACAGUUGAUGAUUCCGCAAGAAUUAUGUACAGUUCCAGUGCAAGCCAAUCAUCUGAAGAACUUGAAGUAACCACAGCUUUUUCAGAUAAUCUUCAACAAGAUGAUAGUAGUAACGAAUUGGAAAAUUUCUUUAAUGCACAGGGUGGUCAGACUGGUUAUAUUCAAGAUAAACUUAAGAACAUGAGAAGCCAUCUUCCUUCAUCGGUUCUGAAGAAACAGGACACCCAAAUCUGAAAAAGCCUAGUCUGCAGAUGAGAAAAGUUACAGUGAUGUCACUGUAACCAAAAAAAUGAAAAGUGCUGCUGAAUGUGUUCCUGAAGAGGAAGCAGAGGAGUUAAUUUCAUUCUGCCGUAGGUCUUCUUCUAAAGAUGAAAUAAUCACAGCAAUGGAGAAUCUAUUUCCGAACAGGCAAAAUUGGUUAAGUGAGAAGAGCCCCUGCAUUAAUGAGGUGUUAGAAAAAUAUCCAAGAUUCCAGGACAUCCCAAUUUAAACAAGAAAUCGAUGUAUGCUUUUCACAUACUGAUAAACAUGCUUCCCAGUACUGGAAAACACAAGUGCACAUCCACAGAUCUGAGCAAGUUGUUCAUUGAUUUUAAGGCAGUUGGUACAAGCAUUGACCUGUAUCUUCAGACCAAGGGAAGGAUCCAAAGACAGCCAUUUAUGCUGUGCUUGGGGACGAUGGAUGAUCCGCAGCAAUUUUUAUUUUAGAUUCCCAUGCAAUUCCUUGCGCAAAUAACAUAACUGCUGCCGAUCGCCUUUUUAAACUUCAUUAUGUGCUUAAUUUGCACUAAGCAAAACCUCUUGAGCUUUUUUACAUCUUUUUGGAGAGUUAUGUUUAUAAUUAACCUGCCAGGAAGAAAGGUUCCACGUAAAGUGGUUGAGCUUGUUUCUAAUUUAUCUCCAAAUUAAUAUACACUAGACUUGCCAAAAAUCACUAUUAUUUUACAGGCUGUAAAUAUAUCUGGCUUGAACAAUAGGGACUUGUAACUUAGUUAAAACGAUUUGUAAAGCCAUGAGAAUGAUGUAGUUUAGUUUAUGAAACACAUUACUGUAAUAACAUAGAUGGAAUGUGUUUAAUAUAAUGCACUAAUUAAGAAAAGUGGUGUGCAUUUUUCUGAAUAAUUUUUUAACCAUUUUGAAACUAAAAUUAAAAAUAUUAAAGCAUCGGUUUGAGAAGUUUUUUUAUUUGUACACUUAAGUUGGAAAACAGUUAAAUCAGCAAGAUUAUUGUAUAUAAUCUUAGAAUUAUAAGAGAUGCUUUACAGUGCCAAAUAAAAGUUUUUUACUUUAGUUAUCUCGUAUCUUGUUUUAACUUUUUGUGAGCAUUGGUUGAUUUGUAACACUUUAUUUACAUUACAACACUUCAAUGAUGCUAAUUACAAUCUUAUAAAGUGUAAAAUUAGCACUAUUAAGUGUUAGAUCUGUAACACUUGAUUUAACAUUAAAACACUUUAAAUAUUAAUAAAACUCCUACAAAGUGUGAAAUAAGCACUACUAAGCGUUACAGCUGUAACGCUUAAUUUAAAU